AUGAACAUUGCCGACCUUCUCAUACAAUCGCCCUCAAAUACUUCACCUAUUCGCGACGAAGAUUUCAUGAAGAUCUGGGAAGAUGUGUUGGAAAAGAACGGAUUUUGCAUGCGCCACAAGCUGGAGCGCAACAGUCUGACGGAUGCGACCAUCGCGCCCUUGAGUCCGUCUUCAUUUGUUGGUGAAACACCUGUGCACAUCAAAGUUAUCGGAAGACACAUGAACGGCUCCUUCCGAUGCCACAUCGGGACCGGCAAGGCAUCCCGCCCCAUUCGGUCCACCGAACUGUGUCAGCAGAUGCGACUCCUUGCAGUGUUCUUCAAAGCCGAGGGCAGCCGAAGCCAACUGAUCUUGCCAGAUUUCAUUCUCUUCCCAACCUGGCUGCUCCAUCUCUUCCGCUACACCCAGCAUGGCACAUCGCCCGGCCGCACCGACGUCCGGUUCUUGGAGAACGCAGCCCUGGCCAAAGAAGACCACAUCUAUCGUCUCAACCACGUCCUCAACUCCUUGUUUCGUUUUAAUUUGCGUAGCUUUGAUCAGGACAAGCUACGGUCCGCACUGGAGCUGGCCAAUUACCUCUUUGACACCGCAGGUUUGGAACACGAGAAUCUUCCCAGACCAGUGUUUUCUCCAUCGUCGUCGCAGCCAGCCCUCUACACAACCCUCAUCUCGCUCCUGCACGCCCCAAGACCCUCCAAGAUCAAACCAAUGUGCCACAACUGCAGUACCAAACCAGCGUCACGACGUCACCUUUGCGUGGCUUGCUAUCGUUACCAGCUCAAACACGCUGCGCCGAGGCCGCUGAGACUGAUCGUAGCCAACCGUCCAGGUCCGCGCGUGUCCAAGACGCAGUCUGAUUUGGCUUUUCCAACCGGAGACUCUCACUCACUCCCGAUGGUCUUCUAUUCUCCCAAAAGUGCCUCGUCCCUAUCCCGGAAACACUGUGCCAAUUGCGGGGUUCAGGAAACACAUCAGUGGUACAGGAAUCUGUGUGGUACAGGACACUGGUGCGAGACCUGUAAGAGCUACUACCUCAGACACACCAAAGUCAGGCCGGCCGAGCUGUUUGUCAAGGCUGCAAAGCGCAAAGUUGAUGUGCGCACACUAGUAAACUGGACUGCCUCGGAAGACACAAUCGGCGGUUGUAUCAAUAGCAAUAAUUCUAUUCAUGACAAUCAUAAUAUUCAUGAUAAUACUAGUUAUAUAUAUAGUCAUAGUCAUAGCCAUAGUAAUAGUAAUAUCAGCAAUAAUAGCGGUCUUGAUUCCCGUCGGUCCUCUUCCUCUAUUGAAUCAAAUAUGCCGCCCUCACCAGUCCACGCGCGCAGUCGGUCUGGGAGUGCUGUCAGCAGCGGCUGCAGUAGUCCGACUGCCUCCCUCUUUGUUUCUAUGCCCCUCACACCACCUGAUUCUGCCCGCGUCUUCUCCAGUCCAUGUCGUUUACCACCACCUCACCUUACACAAACUCAUCAUUCUCUUGUGCCUCCCUUCUCGGCAUGGUCUUCAGAGUAAUUCAUUCUUUUCUUUAAUAUCCAUUUAAUAUCUAUCUAUCAAUAUCUAUCCCUCCAUCCAUUCAUCAAACGCAUCAAACCCAUCCAUCAUUUAUCUGUUCUAUUCUAUUCUAUCCAUCCAUCCAUCCAUACAUCCAUCCAUUCAAUUAUCUAUCUAUCUAUCUAUCUAUCUAUCUAUAUCUUUAUACUUCUUUUUUUUCUUUAUUCAUUUUAUGCCAGUCUUUUUAAGCCUUGUCAACUAUCACCCCUUUUUUUUUCUUUAUUUUAUAUAUGUACAUCUCUCAUUCUUUCUUUUCUUCUUUUUCUUCUAAAAGAAGGAAAGAACAAAAUUCACUUCACUCACUUUCAAUCAUUCAUUCAAUUCAAUUCAAUUCAAUUCAAUUCACUGCACUUUAUAUUAUAU